AUGUCCAAAGUUGCGUUGGUGACCGGCGGAUCCUCAGGUAUUGGCUUGGCCUUGACCAAGCACCUACUGACCAAGGCGUGGAAUGUGGUAAUCGCCGACAUCACACCUCCUCAGGAGGAUGCAGGUCUUCCUACCGAACGGACGCUUUAUGUCAGGACAGAUGUCAGCAGUUUCAAUGAACAGGCGAGGCUCUUCUCUAAAGCCUUCAAAUGGCAUGGAAAACUAGAUUUCGCCGCUCUUAACGCUGGCAUUGACGAUAGGGAUGACAUAUUCGGCACCAUUGACCCUUCAACAGCACCAACGAAACCGGACAUGUCGACUUUUGACGUCAACUUAUCGGCAGUGUAUUUUGGGAUCAAGCUGUUUGCACACUACGCUGCCCAAAACCCCGUCCCAGGAGGCAAGAUUGUUGCCACUUCCAGCGCAGCAGGCCUUUAUCCCAAUCCGGGGAUACCUCAGUAUACAGCAGCAAAGCACGGAGUGAUCGGUCUGGUGCGGUCGUUGGCGCCUGCAGCGGCUUGCCACAACAUCACCAUCAAUGCCGUUUGCCCGGCUUUAGUUGUCACUAACCUUGAUCCGAGCCUUUCCCAGCGGUUCCCAGAAAGGCUCCGGACAGAAAUGUCUGUUGUGAUGAAGGCCUUUGAUGAGCUGACAGACGAAAGUCUGGGAUACACUGGGCAAGCUAUUGAAGCCUGCGCUGAAGGACUGUACUGCCGAGAAGUCGGCGAACCUGAAGCGCCCAGCAUGAAAGAACUUCAGCAUUCCCAGACCGGGAGGGAGUGGAUGGAGUCUCUCGUGCAGAAGAAUAUUCAACGCGUUCUGAGAACACCAGGCAAGCUCCAUUAG